AUGGGCGCUGCUCCCCCAGCUGCUACUCUGACCAAGGAUCCCGACGCCAUGAAGCUCUUCAUUGGCCAAAUUCCCCGCAACUACAGCGAGGAGGAUCUCACUCACAUCUUCUCCGAGUUUGGCCACAUUUACGAGGUCAUGAUCCUGCGCGACCGCCAAACCCACAACUCCAAAGGUUGUGCCUUCUUGACCUUCACCACCCGCCAGGCGGCCGUGGACGCCAUCGAGCGUCAUCACGAGAAGACCACCCUCCCCAACAUGUCGCACCCGAUGCAAGUCAAGAUUGCUGAUACGGAUCAGCGCAACGCUGAGCGCAAGCUCUUUGUGGGCAUGCUCGCUCGUACCAUGAACGAGGACGACCUGCGCGCCAAGUUUGGUGCCUUUGGCCACGUCGAAGACCUCACCAUCCUCCGCCAUGCCGAUGGCUCCUCCAAGGGCUGUGCUUUCGUCAAGUUUUCCAACGCUGAUGAAGCCCAAAGCGCCAUCGCCAACCUCCACCACUCGGAGACCAUGGAUGGCUGCCGCUCACCCAUUGUCGUCAAGGUGGCCGACAACGAGAAGCAGAAGCAGCACCGUAAGCUGCAGCGCCAGCUCAACAACAUGAACGUCAUGAUGCCCUACAACAUGAUCCCCAACCCUCGCAGCAUGAGCUACAACAUGUACAACCAGGCUGCCAACUUUGGCCAGUUUGGCAACGGUAUGCCUGCCCCCGACCACGGUGCCAUGGGUGAGGUGGACGGCGGCGCUUCCCCCGUCGGUGGCUUCAACAUGCCCUACCCUUCCAACCCCUAUGGCAUGGCCAGUGCCCCCUUUGGCCAGCAACCCUACAUGGGUCAGCCCAUGGCCCCGCGCCAAUCCUCCCAGCAACCCGAGGGCCCCGAUGGCUCUAACCUUUUCAUCUACCACCUUCCUCAAGAGUUCAACGACCAAGCGCUGGCCGCCACCUUCCUUCCUUUCGGCAACGUCAUCAGUGCCAAGGUCUUUGUGGAUAAGAUGACCGGCCAAUCCAAGUGCUUCGGCUUUGUCAGCUAUGACAACCCCGCCUCGGCUGAGGCUGCCAUCACCGCCAUGAACGGUUUCCAGAUUGGCAUGAAGCGCCUGAAGGUGCAACUCAAGCGCCCCAAGUCGGCCAACGCCGGCAUGCCCAUGCACCAGGGUCCCCUCUUUUAA